GAAGAUCCUGCUGGAAGGUCGUCGGCUCAUUGCAGACGCUCUCCAGGCUGGAGCUGUGCCGAAAGUUUUCUUCUUUAGUCGUCUGGAAUACAUAAAGGAACUGCCAGUCGAUAAACUGAAAGGUGUCAGCCUCAUUAAGGGAUAUUUGCCAAACCUGACCAUGUUAAGAUGACCUAUCCAAAGACACAGCUUCACCAUUCACUGCCCAUAUUGUUGAUUUGUGACAAUCUCCGUGACCCUGGGAACCUGGGGACAAUUCUGAGAUCUGCUGCUGGGGCAGGUUGCAGCAAAGUAUUACUCACCAAAGGCUGUGUGGAUGCCUGGGAGCCAAAAGUGUUACGGGCAGGAAUGGGUGCACAUUUCCAGGUGCCCCUUAUCAAUAAUCUGGAAUGGGAAACAGUGCCAAAUUACCUGCCCCCUGACACCCGGGUCUACGUGGCUGACAACUGUGGCCUUUAUGCUCAGGCCCAAAUGUCUGACAAAGCCAGUGAUCGUGGCUCAGUGUGUGAUCGGCGAUACCUGAAGUUUCACGGGUAUGAGGAGGAGGAAGAUCUAGAAACUGGCGCUAAGAAAGGCUGGCUCCCUGAACUUGAGGUUCAGAGUUACGACUUGGACUGGACAGAGGCACCAGCAGCUGUGGUGAUUGGUGGUGAGACUUACGGUGUGAGCCUAGAGUCCCUGCAGUUGGCUGAAAGCACGGGGGGCAAGAGGCUGCUCAUCCCCGUUGUGCCUGGUGUAGAUAGCCUGAACUCAGCCAUGGCUGCAAGCAUCCUGCUUUUUGAAGGGAAAAGACAACUACGGUUAAGGGCAGAACACUUGAGCAGGAACAGAAGUUAACAGCUGAGAGGGAGACACAGGAACGAAUUCUUGGUUGAAGAUGUCUUCUUCUCCAGCACAUCCUUAGGAGGCUGGCAGUGGCUUCCUAAGCUAUGUUCAGGAGGCAAGAAGAAGGUGUGAUGCCAUUAUAUGGUUAUCAGAAAAAUAAAAAUUCCCACGAAUUUCUAUUCCAAAAAAAUAACAGAAGUCAAAAUUCUUCCUGACAUCUCCCAUCUGUUUGCCAAUUUUGAUGCUAUAUCUUUUUUUAAAAAAAAUAACACAAAUAGAUGAUC